AUGGGACGUCUACGGCGUAUGCAGUACAAGAUCCUUGAUAAACUGUUGGCCCUAGGCUGCCUAUCACGGACUAGCGCACCGCACAUAUAUGCCUCAGCUGCCUACAUGCUAAUACAACCACUUAGACGUCCCACAAGAACAAGCCUCGCAGUAUCUAAUCCAUCCCCUUUGGAAACACAUAAACGAAGUUGGAAACCCGGUUCAAAAACGACAGCCCAAUCCCUAGGUGAAGGAUGGCCUAGUGAAGAUGAAGACUUGGAAAUGAAAUUGAUGGAGAAAAUGAAACUACUCAAAUCCAAGAACCUGAGCAAAUUCGCCAACUAG